AUGAAGAAGAACGAACAAGGCAAAACAAGUUGGAUAUGCAACAGAUAUUUCCAUCCAAAUUCCAGAGAGGGCAGAUGCAAAGUCAAGAUCACGACUAGCGGGAAAGUAGCCAUGGUCAGUGGAACACAUAACCACUUCCCGGUGCUUAGGGCCAGGACGAACAUGAGAUCUCAAAACGUUAGGAUUAUCUACGAGUCUUAA